AUGAACAAAUCUAAUGUGUUUAGUCCGAAGGCGGUCACGAACUGGCAAUCUCAGUCGCUGGUAUGCCAAUUGCUGGCUCACCAUUUUUCACGUUCCAGUUCUCGAUCCAUCGGCAGUGAGAGUUAUUGGCUGGAGAAAAUGAUCGGUCGGGGGUGGGAGUUACAACAUUUUAAUGUGGACUACACUCAAAGUGGCGCUUUGUCGGCUUCUGUGGAAAUUCGACGUGGCUCACAAUCAGUGCCAUGUAGCGUGAAACGGGUCAAACCUGGCCUAUUGAUGUGCUCUUUUAGCAACCUGACUGCAAGGCUGUUCCCACCUCAUGUGCAUGUUGUUAUGUGUUCUUAUCCCAAUGGUGGACCAUUACCCGUACGAUGUUAUCGACAACAAGACGACAGCUAUUGGGUUGAGUUCACCCCGGAACAAACUGGUACCCACACAAUUGAAGUAACGUUUGGCGACGUUCCUGUGGCUGGCUCACCGUUCCGUUGUGAGGUAGUGGACCCCAAGAAGGUCAAAGUUAAAGGACUUUCUGACGGUCUACAUCUUCGCCAUGUUACAACCAUCAAUGUUGAUCGUCGGCAAGCCGGAGAUGGAGAUUUAACAGUUGAAAUAUGCGAUCCAACAGGAACACCCCUGAAGGUAGAAACCCUCAAAUCUCCCAGUGGUGAGGACAGAAUAACCUUCCUUCCGAACCAAACUGGUCCACACAAAGUCAACGUGAAAGUGGCUGGAUUCCAAAUACCGGUAUAUUUUAAGGGAUAUCCUCAAACAGAUAGUGUAUCUGAGCAACCUCAACCCAGUGUCUAG